CCCUGUAUCCUCUCUCACUCCUCCCCCUCCUCUCCUGUAUUCCUCUCCCCUUUCCCCCAGUAUCCUCUCUCACUCCUCUUCCUGCUCCCCGUACCCCCUCUCCCCUUCCCUGUACCCCGUAAUCCCUCUCCUCCUACUCUCCUGUAACCCUUCCCCUCCGACACUGCACCCCACCCUCUCUCCACCUUUCUUCCUCCUCCCUCGGCCGCAGCUCCCUGGAAACCGUCAACAAACGGUGCCGUGCGGCCGGCUGGCGGCUCAGGAGCGGCGGAGCGGCGGAUGAGGGUAACAAGAUGGCGGACUGUGGAUCAAAUAGCCGGUUUUCUGAGAAAGCCCAGCUACAGGAGCUACAGGAGCGAUUCUGUCAAUAUGUCCAUAAUAUGAAAUGCCUGACAGAUCAGCUUGAAAUGAAUGACAAUUCAAGCAAUUUGAAACGGAUUCAAGAAUUAGAAGAAGAAAUUGUUGCUGCUCGCAACAUGUACAACAAAGAGAUCCAAAGCCUACAUGAUCAGCUGGAUCAGAACUGCAAAGAAAGAAUGCAGAUUGAAAUCAACAAUCUCCAAAAUUCGCAACUGAUAGCUGAAUUCAGGGAAAGCAUCCUGGCCCUCAACACAGCCAUACUGCAGAAGGAGGAGGAGAAGAAGAACCUGGAGCUGCUGUUGUGCCAGAAGGAAGCUGAGCUCAGGGAGCUGAAGAUGAGUGCUGGUAAACCUGCCUCACAACUUGAAGAUCUCCGUCGCGAGCUUCAGAAACUGAACUCGUGCCUUGAAGAAGUCCAGAAGAAGUAUGAAAAGGAACAGAAGCAGAGCCAUGAACUUCAAACAACCAUCCAGCAGCUGAGAUGUAAACUCGAUUUGCAACAGGAAAAUCAUUGCCAAGACAUAAUGUGCAUGAGGGAGAAGGCUGCCGAGGCAGAGGCUCUGAUCCAGGAUCUGGAAGACAAGUUGAGGAAAGCAAACAUGGAUGACGGAGGUGCCAUGGAAAUGCUGAGGAAGAUCCGGGAGUCUAACCAUGCUGAGAUGCAACAGUACCGGCAGCAGACGGAGCAGAGCUUCAACCAAAAUGUGAUGGACCUGACCAUGUGCCUCAACAAGGAACGAAUUCAGCUGGAGCAAAUUCAGGAGGAAAACCAAUGCUUUCGUCAGCAUAUCAACAACCUGACUACUGAGAUUAAAAUAUUGCAGGACAAGCUGCUCUCCGAGGAGGAAAACAAAGUUGCCCUUGUUAACAAAUUGAACUGUGAACAGCAGAAGAGUCAGCAGCACACGAACGAGCUGAAAAGCAGGCUAGAGGAAGUGGAAGAUCUCCUCUUGGCCAAGAUGAAGGAACUACAUUCUAAAAACAGGGCAGUUGUACCUUCUUUACAAGGAGACAUUUCAUCUUUUAAAUGCAUGCUUGAAGCAGAGGAGAGAAGGCUGAGAAAUGCUUCAGUGCCGGGCUGCCAGAAGAGCUCUCCCUGCAAGCCCUACAUGCCCUGUCGCCGGACAUCGUGCACUCCUGCGAACCAGUCGUCAUGCUGGCAGCCGUCUGCUCCGUCCUCCUGUCCUCCAGUGAACCUCCGGCCUUGCCCCCCGCCCGCCAUCCCGAAUCUAUGCAAGCCCGUGCAGCGGUCAUGUGCGACCCGUUCUGCUCCUGUCUCCUGGGCACUCCCGAACCCGCCAUUUUGCCCACCCACCUCCGGGCUGAGCACCCGCCCACAGACUAGCCCGGUUCCCCGAUCCCUGUCCGCCUGCCUCCUCCCAGGCCGCCUGAACUGUGGAACGAGCCGUCCCAUGACGCCCACUUGCCUUCCCCUGGCCCGGAUGAGCUGCCCGUCACCGUCCCCUCUCUCCUUGUGCACUGCUAUGCAUCAGUCCCACUGCCCUUCCAAUCCUCCCCUGGACCCUUGCCCUUCUGCCAGUUUCAACCCUUCUUUGGCUCGGCAGUGCUCUGUGACUUCGGUUACGUACCCAAAACCUUGCCCCAUACUUGAAGUGCCGAAGUUUAAGCAUGAACAAUGUAUGGCAAUGGAGUGUUGUAAUGGUGAGCCACAGAAGGAUUGCACUGAACCUCCCACCAGCUGCAAAGCUGGGCAAGGCAGCAAUUACUUCAACAGCAUGCUGAAGGAGCUGAACAAGAACAACACGUGCAGCAUUCUACCUGUCUCCAAGCCAGUCGUGACAGCCUGCGGCAAGAAUACGCCCACCGCCAGCACCAUUGGGAAUAUAAAAAUUGUGGAAGUUGCUACCAAUGGCCACUUUGUUCGACUUCUAAACAUCUCCCACGACACAGAGGAGGACAUUGGAAGCCAUAUUCUGCAGCAGAAUACUGGUGGACAGCCCGUGACAAUAUAUAGAUUCCCUCCCAGAACCCGAGUAAAUGCAGGGGCUUGUGUAACGGUUUGGGCAGCAGAUGCACGGGUUCCUCAUAACCCUCCAAAGGACUUUUUGUGGAAGGAAUGCAAUAAGUUUGCAAGUGGUCCUGAAUACACAACCAUCCUUUGCAAACCCAAUGGACAGGCUGUUACUUGGUUCACACCCGCUCCUGGGAGCUCUAAGCUAAAGAAUGGAUGCAAAGAUGCGGAAAAGUUCAAAGACUGCAAUCAAAUCUCGACCACUGAUUAUCAAGUUCACUAUUACCCAAAUCAGGAAAGGGAAGAGCCGACUUCAGACCAUUGUCAUCUUCCGUCAACAGCUUUGUCAAUAAGAGAGAAGCCUACCCUCAUGAAUUCACCAACGCGAUGCCCUUGGACGCAGAGCACAGCUUCUGUUACACACCCAGAUUUCAACAUACCCAGGACCCAGUCCAAUGGAAAUAUAGGGAGCAGUCAGUGCAGGGACUCCCGCUCGCAAUCAAGUCAACCUGAUCCUCUCUCGGCUAAUGUCUACCCAGGAUCUGCAGCUACAACCCAGUGCAAGAAAUACUCUCCUCAGAGAAUCAACAAACGGCUGACGGCAUGCUCCACAGCAAAUAGUUCAGGACAACAGAAAGCAAUAGUUCAACAAAACUGCACACCUUUGCAGCACUUGCAGUCCAAGCAGAACUUGGCAUUCCAGCCCCCAAUGCCUCAUCCUCCCCCAAUUGCAUCCUGGUGAACUCUGAUCGUUAAUACAGCCUCACCACCGUGGAGUUCUGUGUGUGGACCAACUUCCCCCUGCCUCACCUCUUCAACACUUCAACACUACCAAGACUCCUUGCAACAUCAACUUUGGGUGCCAGAUGUCACCCUUUCCCAACAUUAAGAAUGAAUUUACAGAAAUAUUGCUGUCUUGACAAGGUCUGUGAGUCUGUACAUCUGAAGAACCAUUGAAACACACAAACACGUGCUGAGGUUAUUCUUUGUGCUUUGAGUUCAUGUUGAUGUCUGGUGUGUAAGCAGUGGGUUCUGCCCCAGAACUUUGUUUGCUGAAAGUUAUUGGGGUGAAAGUUCUUUGACAUGCGAAGACGUGCCUGAAGAGGCAGUGCAAGAGCCUGCCGCCACAGGUUUAUAUUAAAGACACUAUGGACCAAAGAGGCAAGGUCCAGAGCAAUGUGAGGGUUACACUAACCAGGGCAGGGCUUGCAGCUAUGAACCACACGGACCCCUUUGUGUCCAGGAUUCCCCACCGCAGAGGACGGAUAGUAAAGUCAGGAGGAAGUUUGCACCAUUCAAAUGUCUGUAACACAGAAGGCCAUUCAACCCUGUGUGUUCAUGCUGGUUGUAAAAGGCACACCCAGCCUAACUUCACCUUCCAACCCUGUCUCUGUAGUCCUUCAGGUUCUGCUUAAAUGUGAAGAGGAUUUCUUCCUCUACCACCUUUCAAAGUGAGUUCCAAGCCCCAUCACCCUCUGGGUGUAAUAACUUUACCUCACCUAACUCUUUAAUCCCACUAAUUGCUUUCAGUUUCGUCCCCCUUUGUUUUUGACCUCAUGCCGAGGGAAUCGGUCCUUCCCAUUUUUCCUCUUGGCCUUGUUAUAGUGUUAUACACCUUUAUUAAGUCUUUCCCGGUUCUCAAGGCAACAACACCAGCUUAUCUAACCUUUCAUACUACCACUGCUUUCCGAUUCUGACCACAUCAUCAUAAAUCUCCUCCACUCUAAUCAUAUCUGCCCUGUAACAUGGUGACUAGAACUAUAUACAGUGUCAAGCUGAUGUUAAGAUAAGGAUGAGCUUUAUCUGUCGUAUGUACAUUGAAGCAGACAGUCAACUGCAUCACUUACAUCGAGUCGAGGGUUGUGCUGAGCAGCCCUCAAGCGUCACCACACACAGCAAGCUCACAGCUUAUUAACCAAAAGACUGGGAGUAGAGUAAAUACUGAAAGGCUUUUAUUAACAGUAAAAUGGAUCCACGUCCAUGCUGGAUGUCUGCCCUGGACUGAGGGAGGAGCAGUGACACAAUCACCUUUAUCCAGGGGUCUGUGGGAGGAGCCACAGGAGCAGUCAGCAGAGGGGUAUGUCCAGACAGAUAACCCACUUACAACCUAUAUACAUGGUUUACCACAUAACCCUAACCCAUACACCUUUGGAAUGUGGGAGGAAAUCCAUACAGUCAUGGGGAGGAUGUAAAAACUCAAAUCCCAAAUGAUUUUACAGCUGGUGCUGUAAAAUUUUGUGCUGACUGCUAUGCUGCUGUAGCAAUUAGCAAAAUGCUGAUAGUUCAGUCAUCCCCUCUCUACUAUCCUCUCCUCAGCUAAUUAAAAAAAGAUCCAUAAUCCUCUUUAACUAGAUCUGCCCUACUACCUCUAGGCCUCUGUUGGCAUAAACUCCACGGUCCCUCGACUCAGCAUUCUCCCAUUUGUUCCCCAUUGCCUUGCCUUGUCUGUUUUCUCCAUGUGCAAUGCCACACACCUCUGCAGAUCGACUUCCCACAGUAUGCAGAGGGCUUAUGCUGGGAGGAGAUGAAUGAGUCCACAGAGUUGGGGAGAUGUUUGUGACUGGGAGCAGCAGAGUGGUGGUGACUGAUCUGGGUUGAGGAGUUGGAAACAGUGGGUUCAGUGCAUUGAAGAUGUGGCAGUGAAUGGAGAGAGGGAAAUGAUCAGCCAGUUGGGGCUUAGUUCAAAAUAGGCAGGGAGAAGGUGAAUGUAACAGAAGCCCAGUCACUGCGACACAGAGGCCCGACCAAACCCCGGGAUUCCACGGCCCACUGUCCGGUCACUAGCCUAGGGCAGCACUGUCAUUGUUACCCAUCACCCUGGCACCGGGUGUGGAAGAAGCUGCUUUCCCUCUGGAUCUGCAGUUCGCCAUAGACCCAGAUCUAGUCCAGUGAUGACCCACUUUCCCCUACCCCACCUCCAGCACCAACACUUUUUCACCAACAUCCCGGGGAACAUGGAGACUGAGCUACUUUCAAGUCAGAACCCAAAAUCAUUCUUUAUUCCGCUCCACGUGUUCCUUGCUCUUCCCCCCCACCAGCAGCUAUGUUGCACCAGAGAGGAAAAUCCUCACCCCAGCAAGCAAGUCUCACUCAAUCCAAACAGCCACACAUCCCACUCUCUGAAACACAAGAGGUUCUGCAGAGGAACCCACACAAAAUGCUGGAGGAACUCUGCAAGUCAGGCAGCAUUUAUGGAGAGGAAUAAACAGUUGACUUACAAAUCAAGACCUUUCAUCAGGAAUGGGAAAGAAGGGGGAAGCCAGAAAAGGUGGUGGGAGGGGAAGGACUCCACAUAGCUUUUCUUGCAACUACAUUGGUCUUAAGUGCUUUGCUUUUCUUUGACCAUAGUGACAUUUCUGUUGAGACAAAGGAUGCCUCGGGGAAACAUUCUCUCUGAGAUAAAAUUAGUCAUUAAAGUUUAGGAACCACGCGUUUAUAGGACGUAAAACAGCACAUGCUGGAAAUGUUCAGAAAGUUAGGAAACAUCUGUGGAGAGACAAAGAGAGAUAACUUUUCAGAACUGAGAAACUUUUCCAGAUCUUUCCCAGUUCUGAAGGUGGGUUUAGAACCGGAAGCAUUAACUCUGUUUCUCUUCCCAGCAGUUUCUGGUUUUAUUUUGGAUUUCCAGCAUUUGCAGUUUUUCUUGGAUGUUUAGCAUAUUUUCUGUCCAUCAGGUACUCUGGAGGUUCAGCGGCAGCUAAUGUUACGGGUUCAUAUCGUCUGCAAAUUAAUAAAGGAUGAACAUAUCAGGAAAUAUAAAUCAUGAAAUGGAUUUUAUUAAGCUAUGCAAUUGUGUGACUUUUUAUGAAUAUUCCUGGUGACAGAUUCUGAUUUGAAGAUUCAAGUUUAUUUGUCACAUCGAAACGUACAGUGAAAUACAUCAUUUACAUUAACAACCAACUCACUCAAGAGUGUGCUGGGCAGCUGUCAAGUUUUGCCACACAUUCUGGCAUAUCCACAAUGCUCAGCAAAUCAUUGUCAGCUUGGAGAUUUUUAAAGUGUGUAAUAAUCUGGGAGUAAACUGAUUGGUGGUUUUCACAAGGGACACAGGUAUCCUGUGUCUGGAUUGCUAUAUCACCAUUUGUUACUAGUCUCAUCAGUUUUUCCAUGUCCUGUGCAGUCCUGGCUAAGAGUGAAGUAUAAUGUAAGUGGUCAUUUGUACCAGUCAUUUCCUCAGGUUAGCAGGGCAUUGCUUUCCCAACUGCUGUUUACAUCUACAAAUGUGUACUUUUGAUUGAACUACACCAAUAAAAUAUUCCAUAAAACAAGGUGAUUUCCAGUUCUCUUGUUCCAACACAUUUAAAUAUGCUCAGUACUAAUUGGCGCUUAUUCAGCCGGAGGAAAUCAAUUGUCAACAUGCAGAAGGUGACAGUGUUAAUAUUACAUUUAAAUAAAGUAUCUGCAUAUACCUGCCGUUCACAGUGCUUCCCACAGUUUAAACCCAACACCCCCCAAAACACUUCCAUGUUUGCCAAAGCACCUUCAUUCUUGCCAACACUCCUCUUAAGCACAAUAUACUUUCCAGUAAAACAUGUCUACAAUAUAUUAACAUGAGAAAAAUUAUUAUGCUUUAAAUUUUUAUUUUUCUUUAAACCUAGCUUACACGGUACCCAUGCGCUGUACAGCAGCUUCAAUAUCAAUGUGAUCCUUGCACUUGAUGGUCUUUAACAAGAGUUGAAAUAUCUGGUUCAAGUUGUGACAACAAAAGCCUUAAGAUCCCCACGCUUAACAAUAUCCAGGUAGUUUCUGUUUUUUGUGAGUAUGCGAUUCACUGCAAUAAAGCAUGUUUCAACAACAUGGGAGGAUGGAAAUGCAGUGAAGAGCAGUUUGGCUCUUCUGCAAAAACCAGAAAACUUCGUAUGACAGCGUUGCCACAUACCACACUUGCGUUGCCACCCACUUCAACUCUGCUUCACAUUCCCAUUCGGAUAUGUCCAUACAUGGCCUCCUCUACGGCCAUGAUGAGGCCAAACUCUGGUUGGAGGAGCAACACCUCAUAUACCGUCUGGGUAGUCUCCAGCCCCUUGGCGUGAACAUUGAAUUCUCCAGCUUCCGAUAAUUCCCUCCCUCUCCCUUCCAACAUCCCACUUUCACUCUGCCUCCUCCUCCAGCUGCCUAUCACCUCUCUCAUGAUUCUGCCUUCUUCUACUACACAGUGCUUUCCCCUUACAUUCCUUCUUCACCUUUCCUGCCUAUCCCCUGCCCCACCCCUUGAUCUUUCCUCAUAUUGGUUUUUCACCUGGCACCUAUCAGCCUUCUCCUUCCCACCCUCCCCCACCUUUAUAGGGCCCCUGUCCCCUCCCUCUUCGGCCCUGAAGAAGGGUCUCGGCCCCAAACGUUCACUGCUUGUUUCCACGGAUGCUGCCUGACCUGCUGAGUUCCUCCAGCUUGUUGUACGUGUUGCUUUGACCCCGGCAUCUGCAGAGUACUUUGUGUUUACAACUCCUCAUCAUUAUCUUGCCAUUACUUUAAUGGACAAGCUUUAAUUUUGUUGAUAGCAAAUAUAGCAAGAGUCAUGCUUGAAAUAAGCCACUGGCUGAAGCUUUAGGCUGUGAGAUGUUGACAAUCAAUUACACAAUAGAUUGUAAACAGGUUUGGAAUUUCUUUUUUCAUAAAUGCCACUAAAUCAGCAUGGUGACCUGUCAUAUAUGCUAUUCCAUCUGUUGCACAAGAAAUCAUGUUCCUAAUUGGAAAAUUUUUAUCCUCAGUAUAUAGUUUGUGCUUGUCAUAGAUUGAUUCUCCAUUGAUAUUUGUUUUUAACAUUUUACAAGAGAAUCUCUUAAUAAACUUUUCCAUUUUGGAUAAACCGUACAUAUGCCAUUAACAAUGCCUCAUUGUCUCACGCAGUUGGCUCAUCCAGUUGUAUCCUAAAUUCUGUUUUUAUAGCUCUGUGCAUAAUUGAAAACGUCUUCACUCAUUUCAUCAAAUCGACAGUCUACAGAGAUAUUACUUAGAGGAAUUGAUAGUAAAAUACUCAUAUCCAUUUUGAAAACAGUAGUGAGCACAUCUGAUACCGCAGGCAUUAUUAAUCUUUCACCAAUGGUAUGAGAUUUUCCACACUUGCUGUAAUUUUGGAAAUGUUAUUUGAAGCAACGAGACCAUUAUUCAGGUAGUUUUUAGCUUUCAUGGCAAAUGACUCAAGCGUGCAAUGCUUUUCAAAUGCUUCCUUCAUCUUCUGGACCAGAGUAAUACCGUAAGAAGCCUUUUCAGGGUGUCUUUUACGGAAGUGUUCCUGCAAACUUGAUGGUUUCAUGGCUUCAUUAGACAGUACAAUAUUACAAAUAAAACGUGGGGCAUCGCUGAUCUGAUGAGAACAGAAUAAAACUAUGCUCCAGCUAUGUAGCAUUGUAUUGGCACAGUCUCUGUAGUUUCUGUCUCGUAGCAGGAUUAGAAUUAAAGGCUUCUCCACCUUCAGACUCAUAGAAAUCACACUGUA